AUGAUCAAUAGCAUUUCAGUUGCAGCAGCCCUGCUGCUGUCGUUUCAAGGCGCAAGCGCCAUAGAACGACCAAACAAUGUCGGGAGACUGCCAGCACUUGGUUGGAACUCAUGGAAUGCAUUCGGUUGCGAUAUCGACGAAACCAAGAUCAUGACAGCUGCCAACGAGCUUGUUUCGUCGGGCCUCAAUAAGCUAGGAUAUGAAUAUGUCAACCUCGAUGACUGCUGGGCUGUCAAGGAUCACCGUGAUGCUACCACAGGUCGCAUCAUUCCAGACCCCGACAAGUUUCCGGACGGAAUCGAUGGGACAGCUCAAAAGAUACAUGAUCUGGGCUUGAAGAUUGGCAUUUAUAGCAGUGCCGGAACAGAGACAUGCGCUGGUUACCCAGCCAGUAUCGGAAACGAGGCUAUAGACGCCCAAUCGUUUGCUGAAUGGGGCAUUGACUACCUCAAGUACGAUAACUGUUACGUACCAUCAAAAUGGUCAGACUACAGUUUCUGUGUCGCUGAUAGUGAUUUUCCUAACGUGAAUCCUAAUGGUACAUGUCCUGGCCUCGAUAACCAGGCCCCAUCAGGCUACGACUGGAGCCAAUCCAACACUACAAAGCGGUACAACGUCAUGCGAGAUGCAUUGGCUGCUGUCGAAGACCAGCGCGUCAUUCUUUACUCGCUCUGCGAAUGGGGAUACGCCGACGUCGUGUCCUGGGGAAACCAGACGGCCAGCUCAUGGCGCAUGUCGGGCGAUAUCAACGCAACGUGGGAGCGUAUCACCGCCAUUGCCAACCUCAACGCUCACGAGCUCGAGUUCGUUGACUUCUGGGGCCACAGUGACCCAGACAUGCUCGAAGUAGGCAAUGGAAACCUGACCAUUGAAGAAAACCGAGCCCACUUUGCUCUCUGGGCAAUCAUGAAAUCCCCGCUAAUCAUUGGAACUGCUCUGGACUCCCUCCCCGAAACCCAUCUCGACAUUCUGAAAAACUCCGAUCUCAUUGCCUUCAACCAGGACCCAACCUACGGCAAACCAGCCGUCCCUUACAAGGCGGGAUAUAGCAACGGCACAUACGACCCAGAGCACCCGCCCGAGUUCUGGUCUGGCUCUACUUCGUAUGGCUGGGAUCUUGUGCUGCUGUUCAACUCUGAGAAUGCUACGGCCGCGAGGUCGGCAGUGUGGAGCGAGAUUCCGCAAUUGUCUGGUGGUAAUAGCAGCAGUUAUCAGGUUCAGAAUAUCUGGAGUGGGGAUGACUUGGGAUGUGUUACGAAUCAGUACACUGCUGAUUUGGAGGCGCAUGAUGUGGCUGUGCUCAAGAUCACGGGGAGCUGCUGA